CUGUCUAAGUUUUCUUCAAAAUCUCUGUAGAUCUUAGUCUUUAAAUGCAAGCUGUAGGAAGCUUUCUUCGGAGACUGGCCACUCCUAAGAAUGUUUUCUACAGCUACAACGGCUUAGGUAACUGCCUACCUGCCAUCUCAAAACUUCACCUGUAUAAAUGAGUUAUAAUGUCGAUUGUGUACCCCAGGAGCCAUUGUUCGUGGCGCGCGUGGUGUACGACCUGCUGUUCUUCUUCGUCGUGAUCAUCAUCGUGCUCAACCUGAUCUUCGGUGUGAUCAUCGACACGUUCGCGGACCUGCGCAGUGAGAAACAGCAGAAGGAGCUCAUACUUAAGAACACCUGUUUUAUUUGUGGACUGAACAGGUCAGCCUUCGAUAACAAGACCGUCUCAUUCGAGGAACACAUAAAGAGCGAACAUAACAUGUGGCACUACCUUUACUUCAUGGUGCUCGUCAGAGUCAAGGACCCCACGGAAUUCACGGGGCCCGAGAGCUACGUGCAUUCUAUGAUCAAGUCAAAUAAUCUGGAGUGGUUCCGCGGCUGCGAGCGUUGUCGCUGA